AUGCCGCCACAUCUGCAGUACAACUCGCCAAAGAGCGCCUCGAGCCCCGACUCGGCGACAGGUGAGGCCAAGAUGGGCAUUCUCUCCUCUCCAGAGCUUGCUGAAAUGUCUUCCAAAGCGUCCCGAAAGCGAAAGUCUUCGGCUGAUCUCGAAGACGAAGAAGAGGAGGACGAAGAUGGCAACCAACCUAUCAAGAAGACGGCUCACAACAUGAUCGAAAAGCGUUAUCGAACCAACCUCAACGACAAGAUCGCAGCUCUGCGAGACAGCGUCCCCAGUCUGAGAAUCAUGUCCAAGAGCGCUAGAGGCGAGGACACCACCGAGGACCGGGAAGAGCUUCAUGGUUUGACCCCGGCCCACAAGUUGAACAAGGCCACCGUGCUGAGCAAGGCGACCGAAUACAUCCGACAUCUCGAGAAGCGAAACAACCGACUCCUCGACGAAAACAGCGCCAUGCAAGCGAGAAUCGCGGCCUUUGAAAAGCUCUUCAUGGCCGGCGCGAUGAAUGGCGCGAUCAGCCCCCUCCAGCAACCCCCUACGCCCAUUCAGUACGCGCAAGAUUCUCAACAGUUCGUCGGCUCCCCCAUGUCCGCUUCUCCAGACGGAAGCGCUCCGCCCGCGGGCAUGAUCCAGGUACCCGAGGAUAUGAAGCGAAUUAUUUCGGCGCAGAUGGCUGCAGGCCAGCCGUAUCCUGUGCCGCAGCAACCUUACCGCGGUGGUAACCCCGCUGUCAUUCGACAGCAGCAGAUUCAGCAGCAACAGCAGAUGCAACAGAAUCGCUGGAACAAUGCAGGUCCAUACUUCGGCAAGCUCAUGGUCGGCUCUCUUGCGGGCCUGAUGCUCUUGGAGGCCGUUCGAGAAGACGAGGUUAGUAACAAGGAGACGGAGGGCCGCGGUCUCUUGGCCGUACCACUUCACCUCCUGCGGGGCGUCGCCUCAAGCUUGGAUCUCAACUUUAUGGGAUACCAUGUCCACACCUCACUCCGAGUUCUCUUGCUCCUCGGCACGUUCUUAUGGGUCUUUGUCCCCUCACUUUUCACCCAAACACAGCAGAAAUCGAAGAAGUCACAGGUUGGAGUCUUGCAGGCGGCUCCUUCUCUAGCCUCACCAAUUCACGUACGACAGCAAGCAUGGCUCACCGCCAUCCAGACUGUCUGGAUUCCUCGCCAUAACUUCUUCCUCGAGGCGGCUGCCCUGAUGCUCAAGACGCUCAAACUGAGCAUGCGCAACGCCAUCGGCAUCCACGGAUACCAAAUGCUCACUGGCCUGACCGAGGAGCAAGAGACUGCCCGUGUCAAGGCCUGGUGCAUUGCCCUUGACUCUCAACUAGCCGGCGGAGAUGUUGAGAUCAACAAGAGCCGCCUGGUUCUCACCCUUCUCGCGUCUGGCACUCUCCCCAACUCCCCUAUCCGACUCAUGCUCAAGGCCUUGCACAUCCGCGUGCUUCUCUGGGAUCUCAGCCAAAACAGGCUGCACCUGGGCGUCAGUAACGCGAUUUCUGCCAAGCUGGCACGGACCAUGUGGAACGAGGCGCGGCAACUUAACCGGCUACUCAUUCAGUAUCGCGCCGGAUCAAAGGAGCCUCACGAAGAUGAACUGCCACAAUACCUUGCCUUGCUUGUUGAACAAGAGAGCGAUGACGUUCUCAACGAUGACGUGACUCAGCGUGCGCACAACCUGGCCUUUAACACCGAAACCGAUUCUAACAUUACGACCCCCAUGGACGGAAUGGACGAUGUUGUCGAUGAUACUGCUAUUGGAUCGCCGAUGGAUGCUGUUGCGGCUUGGUGGUCGAUCCAAAAACUUCACCGCACACUGGUUGCUACUCUGGAUAAAGAUGAGGAGGUCUUGGCUACUCGUGCCGAGGAUAUCCACUUGGCAGCCGGGACUGCUCCCAUCGGAUCUUCUGCCGAAGCUCGAGCCGUUGUGGCGCGUGCAGUCUGGGAUGACAGGGCUCGUGGCAAAAACAUCGCUCUGGCCCUACAGUCCUUGGGAACCGAGAGGGAGGAUAGCCUGAUUGGCGCUUCCUCGACCAUCAUCGACUCGAGCUUGCAGGCUUCAACCCCGGAUAUUCGUCUCGCAUUGCGGUGCGCAAUGGCCAUCGCUCACCUUCGACGAGCCGAAAGCACCGACGGCACCCCCAACAAGGGUCUGCGCGUGAUCGAGUCAGUCAUGGCUCGAGGCAACGCAUCUCAGAUGUCUCUUCUCGGCUGCACCGCGGCCCUCCAGUUGAUGGAGGAGCUUUACGAGCAGAAGGAUGCGGCAGAGAUGUUCCAGCCAUCGUUGGAGCGACUUGCAGGUGGACUUCGUCUCUGGAUGGGAGGUGUCCCAGGAGAAAAGUGCGGUGUGCCGUCGGAGAUCCGAGGAAAAGUGGUCGACCGAUGUCUGAUGAUCACCAAGAGCGUAAUGGGCAUGGAAUCCGAUACCGGAUACGGAAGUCUGAGCGAAUGCGAAGAUGAUGGGUGUUAA